AUCCCUCCAAGUAAUCGAGAAAGCGUGUUUUAGCUCGCGUAAAGACGCGACGCUUUUUCUUACUGGGCGGGAGAGGAAAGAUUGCUUUUUCAGACAGAAGUAGGAAUCUCCGAUCUGUCUGUGGUUUCACUCGAUCUUUCUCCGCAUUUUCACCGAUGUUUCUUUGGAUAAGCGAAUUUUGAAAAUUAAGUUUAUACUAAGCAAAGGUGCAAAGAACAAAACUACAUACAAAGUAGAUAUAAUGGGAUAUAUAGGGGCACAUGGAGUUGCUGCGCUGCAUAGGUACAAGUACAGUGGAGUGGAUCACUCAUACCUAGCCAAAUACGUGUUGCAGCCCUUUUGGACUCGCUUUGUUAAUUUCUUCCCUCUUUGGAUGCCACCUAACAUGAUAACACUUACAGGAUUCAUGUUUUUGGUUAUAUCUGCAUUGCUUGGCUACAUAUAUUCACCUCAAUUGGAUUCACCUCCUCCAAGAUGGGUUAAUUUUGCCCACGGAUUACUUCUAUUCUUAUAUCAAACUUUUGAUGCUGUUGAUGGAAAGCAAGCAAGAAGAACAAAUUCCUCUAGUCCAUUGGGGGAGCUAUUUGAUCAUGGAUGUGAUGCUCUUGCAUGUGCGUUUGAGGCUUUGGCCUUUGGGAGCACCGCAAUGUGUGGACGGCUUACAUUCUGGUUCUGGGUUAUAUCAGCUGUUCCUUUUUACUGCGCCUCAUGGGAACAUUAUUUCACCAAUACCCUCAUUCUUCCAGCGAUAAAUGGACCUACCGAAGGCCUUAUGUUGAUAUAUGUGGUUCAUUUCUUCACAGCUAUUCUCGGUUCUGAAUGGUGGGCCCAGCAUUUUGGAAAAUGUAUCCCUUUCUUGAGUUGGAUUCCAAUUAUAAAUGAGGUCCCGAUGUAUAAAGCCGUAUUGUUUCUGAUGAUAAUCUUUGCCGUUAUACCGACACUCUCAUUUAAUGUGUACAAUGUUCAUAAGGUUGUUCAAGCAAGAAAAGGAAAUUUGAUGCUAGCUCUGGCAAUGCUUUAUCCAUUCGUUGUGCUAUUAGCUGGAGUCGUCGUAUGGGAUUAUUUAUCUCCUACUGAUCUAAUGGGCAACUAUCCUCAUCUGGUUGUAGUGGGAACUGGACUUGCAUUUGGAUUUCUCGUGGGAAGGAUGAUUCUGGCUCACCUGUGUGAUGAACCCAAGGGCUUGAAAACUAAUAUGUGCAUGUCUUUGUUUUAUCUGCCUUUCGCCAUUGCAAAUGCACUCACUGCCAGACUAAAUGACGGAGUUCCUUUAGUUGAUGAGUUCUGGGUUCUUCUUGGUUACUGUGCAUACACAGCAUCACUCUAUAUGCACUUUGCAACAUCAGUCAUUCAUGAAAUUACAUCAGCCCUGGGAAUUUACUGUUUCAGGAUAACUAGGAAAGAAGCUUGAAGCUUUGAUUACAUUAUCAUUUGAGUAUCGACUCAACUUCCAGAAAACAUUCUCUAGGUGAAAACUCUACAGAAAAAGUCGCGAGAUUGGAGUCUAGCGGAUACCCCUUUUUUGGUCGAACAUUUUUCUCUUAACAAAAUUUAAUAGCUGGUGACAAGGAUUUGUUCAAUUACUGUUCAGGUAGUAAUCGUUCAGGUAGUAAUCGCUGCUAAUCAUGAAAGUCAGUCACUUUAUCGUAAUUUAUCUAUGAGGAAUCUGUUGCCGUACUACUUUGGUUAGACAUGUUUUGCAUAAUGUAACGUGUAGUGCGCAAUAUUUGGUGCACAAUCUGAUAUUAUUACAAAGAAUAGGAAAUAUGAUGCAAUACAAAAAGAAGAGUUCAUGGAAAAGUGGUGUUUGAGGUCGGGAAUUUUUAUUAUUAUUAUUUUUU